AUGGCUUUGGAAGGAAAAGUCAUAGCGAUCACUGGAGGCGCCCAGGGCAUUGGCUUAGCAACUGCGAAGCUCAUCGCGAGCAGAGGCGCCAGUGUCAGCAUUUUCGAUAACAACCCAACAACACUUAAAGCUGUAGAGGAGGAGUUUAUCACAAACAAGUGGCCAAUUCACACAUUUACAGCAGACAUUCGACAAGCUGACAAGGUUGAUUCUUGGAUUGAGAACGCUGUGAAGAAGUUUGGUCGUCUUGAUGGCGCGGUUAAUGCGGCGGGAACUGUUGGCAAGUUUCAUGGCCAGAAGCAAAUAGCGCUGUUGGAUGAUGAAGAUUGGAACCUUGUUAUGGGUAUCAACGUCAAUGGAAUGAUGCACUCUCUCCGUGCCCAGCUCCGGCAUAUUCAAUCUGGUGGAAGCAUUGUAAACAUCGCUUCCAACCUAGGCUCAAAGGGUACUCCAGGUUGUGCGCCGUAUGCAACGUCUAAGCACGCAGUCAUCGGGCUGAGCAUGAGCGCCGCUCAUGACUAUGGAUCUCAGGGUAUAAGAAUUAAUGUCGUGUCUCCUGGUGGAACCCAAGGGCCAUUGAUGAGAAGUGUAGUUGGUGACAACCCACCUCCACCUCCCUCGGUCUUAGGAAAGUAUGGACAGCCUGAAGAGGUAGCCUUUCAGAUAGCCUGGCUUCUGGGACCGGAAAGCACUCAUAGCUCGGGGAGUAUUUUCCGCGUUGAUGGUGGAGAGUUUUGUUAA